AUGUCCAAGAGAGUCCUGAGUAUCCAGAGCCACGUUGUCUAUGGAUAUGUUGGUAACAAGGCAGCUACAUUCCCAUUACAACUGCUUGGAUUCGACGUCGAUGCCGUCAACACGGUGCAAUUCUGUAACCAUACUGGGUACCCAACUGUAGCUGGUGAACGUUUGGAAGGAGAGUCUCUAAGGAAGAUCGCAGAUGGACUAGCUGCAAAUGGAAUGCUGGAGACGUAUUCUCAUUUGCUGACUGGAUACAUUGGACGUGAAACGGCACUACAAGCUGUCGCUGAACUAGCUCAAAACUUGAAGAAAAGGAAUCCUGAACUGAUAUUUGUUCUGGAUCCAGUAAUGGGAGACGAAGGCAAACUGUAUGUUCCCGAACCUCUCAUCAACAUAUACAAAACAACACUCCUCCCACUCGCAGACAUCCUAACCCCAAACGCAUUCGAAGCCGAACUCCUCACCGGCACAAAGAUAACAUCCACCGAAACAGCCACCCAAGCUCUCACCUGGCUCCAUACACACUCAUCAGCACGAUACAUUAUAAUCACAUCAGCAGCAUUCGAUAACGACGCGUCACAUCUCCACCUUAUCGCCUCAUACAAGGAUACCGAUGGAGCAUAUAAACAGCUCGUAAUAUCAUUCGCCAAACUGCAUUUAUCUAGUGGAUCGUUUACAGGGACUGGAGACUUGUUUUCGGCAAUGAUGGUUGCGCAUUUGCGUCCACAUCCAGAGUUUGGUGAUUUCGUGAGGGCGUGUGAGACUGCUGUUGCCAUAUUGCAGGGGAUAUUGAACGCUACGAUAGGGAGGUUUGAGCAGGUGUUGAAGAGCGAGGAGGCUUUGAGUGGUAAUGGUGAAAUGAGCUCGGUGAGGUUGAUUCAGGGUAGAGAGUUGGCGUUGAUUUCGUCAAGAGGGGCUAUUGAGCAUCCUGAUAUUGUGUACCGUGCUCGUUUAAUAUAG